AUGCAUCCACUUUAUUCGCAUACAAGCGGUAUAUUAUCGCAAAAAUUAAUAUGCUCGUUUGCGUUAAAACAAUUGCGUCGACAUCCAUUUCAUCAGCACGGCUUGUUCUAUACAUUCGCCAUCGUACAUAGGGGUCAUUCUUACAGGAAUAACUCACGAUGUGUUUGGGCAAAACCGUUACCUUCCUCCCUGGGAGAUCGCGAUUUCGCACGCUCGCUUGAGAGCAAACGUUACGUCUCCGUUAAUAGUGUCAAUCUGCCAGCGGCACGGCCGGAUGAUCGUCCUAUGCGCGACCGAAUUGCGGUAUAUUGCAGGCUAAUGCGAUACCAGGCUUUAACGCCGGUUGCAAUUUUUUGCUACCCUGCCAUGUGGAGUGCAUUUAUGGCAUUACCUCCUGUAUUCGGCCUAGAGGAAAUGAAAAAAAUGGCGCUGUUUUGCUUGGGAGCAUUCUUCGCGAGGACUGCAGGCUGUUGCGUAAACGAUUUGGCAGAUCGCAAUAUAGACAGGCAUGUUGAAAGGACAAAAACAAGACCACUAGCAGCCGGGCAGAUUUCCACUACAUCGGCUGUUGCUAUUAUGUCCGUCAAUGCGAGCCUGGGCCUAGCAGUUUUGAUGCAAUUUGACCUCAACACCAUUCGGCUCGGCAUAUUAACCGCACUAGGAGCGUGCUGCUAUCCAUUUAUGAAGCGCUUCACGAAUUACCCGCAGGUGUUCCUGGGCCUGGCCUCCAACAUAAGCGUUUUCAUAGUGGGUUCUUUUUUUGUGACAUUCUUAUCAUUGCAAAGGCCUGGUCGGCGCUUAUGCAACCUUUCACCAUCGCCCCAGUUCUCCUUUAUACGGCAUCCACUCUUUGGACUGUCGUGUACGACACCGUGUACGCCCACCAAGAUAAGAAGUAUGACAGGAAGAUCGGCGUUAAAUCGAUGGCUCUAUUAUGGCAAGGGUGAUGCGACCAAGCGUAAUUGUAAGAUAAGCGCUGUGCUAAUGUCACUCCUCAUUGCCGCUGCGGGGUAUAACGCCGACCUAAAGGAAUGGUUCUAUGGGUUUAUCGCAUUGUCACACAUGUGGAUGAUUCGUCAAAUAAAUGUAGUGGAUCUCGACAACUCGAAUAGUUGCUUAAAGUUCUUCAAGCGAUCAGUGCCCUAUGGCACACUGGUUCUGGCUGGUAUAAUUGCCGGAAAGGACCUAACUUUCAAGACCGACGUAGCAUCAUAG